AUGAACAGAACCUUCCUCAUCAUCAGUACCCGUUUCCCAACUUUCAACCAACGGGACUUUUACGUUUGGUUCAAUGUCAAACUGGCCUCCAUCCUUGCAAGUUUCACUCCACAGAUGCUCAUGAUUGCCACCUCAAGUGUAAACUGCACAACCUACCAUGUUGUUGUGAGUGGCCUGGCCCGUGUUUUCCCUGACAUACCCUUACAUAGACAACGAGGAAUCACAGACGCUCUUCUGGACUACCUGACAUCAUCUGCCAGUGUCAUCAACAAGCCAGAGGACCUCAUCUGUGCUGCUGUGAAUAGAUCACAACUCCAGCAAGCACUGGCAAUUGACAAUUCAUCUUCAGUCUUGUGCAAUUUCACCAUCACUCAACAUGCCUGUUCCUUGGCCACAAAUCUCACACAAAAUAAGUUGGCCACAUUAUUGAAAUGCUCACUGGAAAGCCAAACGACAUACCCAGUUGAGGUCUGGAAGCUUUUCUUCCAAAGAACUUCUCCUGCUCUGGACCGGGCCCUUGAGACAUUCACCACCACGGUCCCCAACAACAGCAGCCCAGCUUUGUCAAAUGCUCUCGAGGCUCUAGGAGAGGUGAAACUUGCCAACUUCAGCCAGGCACAACUACAGAAUGAGGAUUUCAUCAGCAAUUGGUUCCAGAAAACGAUCCGGCCCUUCCUAUCGUCUCCAUCCACAAACUUCCUAUUCUGUCUUAGCACCAAAAACUUCAGUUGCCUCACGUACCAGAUUGUCGUCAAGGAAUUCAGCAAUCAAAGGCCAUUCAUGGACAGCAACAGACAGCAAACAGUCUUCACUCAUCUCAUCCAACCAUUCCUCUCAAGAAAUGAUUCAUCAGCUCUUGCAAUAUGA